ACACACAUUCGUUGGAGAAGAAGAGUAAAGCAAAAGAAGCAAAAUAAUGGCAGAAGAAGCUCCAGCAGCACCCGCCGCCCCAGCUCCGGCAAAGGCACCGAAGAAGAAGUCCGCCAAGCCGGCGAAGAAGACCGGUCCCGGCCCUGGGGAGUUGAUUCUAAAAGCGGUGUCUGCUUCUAAGGAGAAGAAGGGGAUUUCAUUCAUCGCCCUGAAGAGGACACUGGCCGCUGAUGGAUACGACGUGGAGCACAAGGGCGUCCACAUUAAGCGGGCCGUCAGGUCUCUCAUCGAGAAAGGUGAACUGGUCCAGCUGAAAGGAACCGGGGCGUCUGGUUCCUACAAGAAAGCCGCCGCAGCCGAGAAGCCCAAAAAGAAGGUGGUGAAGAAAACACCAGCGACUAAAGCCAAGAAGCCGGCAACUCCGAAGAAGGCUGCCGCUAAGAAGACUCCCGCGGCCAAGAAGCCCAAGGCGAAGCCCACGACCCCGAAGAAGAAGUCCCCGGCUGUCAAGAGGAGUCCUAAGAAAGCCGCAAAGAAGGCUCCCAAGAAAACCGUGACUCCCAAGAAGGCCGUGACUCCCAAGAAGACCGCAAAGAAGGCCGUGAAAGCCAGAGUCGCCAAGCCAAAGAAGACCGCUGCCAAGAAAACAGCCAAAAAGUAAAGGAGAUUUGAUGUAACUACAAAAACAAAAGGUUCUUUUAAGAACCACUCACCUGCUUCUCAAGAGCAAAACUAUCACUCUGGACUACGUCACAACAUGUCUCUGUAUUUUCAUGAAACUUUUAUUAUCAACUGUUCCUUUAGCAAAUCUAUUUUUAUAUAUAUUUGCAUGUGAAAUAACGUGUUGCUCUUGUAUGAGUUGAUAGUGCUUAAACUUGUAAAAAGUUCAUUUAUACAUAUAAUGUUUUCUGUCCCUGUGGGAAUAAAUAAAACAACCGUUGUUAUUAA